AUGGCAUUGAAUUUGACCCAAGAUGAGGAAGAUAAGUACGUGGGGGGCAAUAAAGAGCCAAAGGAGCUGACGCUAUCUCAAGAAAUCACAGCCUAUGAGAACAAGACCAAGAGGGAGGAGGAGCCAUGGUUCAAACCAAAACCAGGGAGUGUAAUUCCGGCAAAGAGGAGGUCAGUAAAGAGCAUGAUGCUUGAUCAGAUACUCCAUGUUUGUCCUUCCAUGGCUUCUGAAUCUGGAGUCUCUGAAACCCAGGACAAGCCUAAAACAUCCAACACCAAGAAGAGUAACCACGUUUACCCAAAUUAA